AUUAUUGUAAUGUCAGUUUAGCACGUGUUCUUUACCAUAUUUGCAUAUUUGUGACGUUUUGUAAAUUUAUGCAUAUUGCGCAGACGCGCCGACUACAGCCAUGUGAAUUUGCAGGUCAACUGUAUAUAUUGGACGUGCCCAAAAUGGAAUUACCAAUGUGGUCGUGUAUAGCGGAAUAUGAGAGUCGCUUCAAUACCGAUGCCAUUGGCAAACGUAAUUUAGAUGGUUCCUACGAUUAUGGCAUUUUUCAAAUUAGCGAUAAAUAUUGGUGUCAACCGCAAGAACAAAAUAAAUCUAAAGAUUUAUUCUAUUCGGCCAACGAAUGUAAUUUGAAUUGUUCCCAGUUGCUGCUGGACGAUAUAACGCAGGCGGUAAGAUGUGCUCGCAUAAUAUUGAAACAGCAGGGCUGGUCGGCCUGGUCGGUGUAUGGGGUGUAUUGCAAUGAAACGUCAACGAGUUUAAGUGAUAUUGAAUAUUGUUUUGGCUGAGAAGCAAUUAAAUUAAUCAAAAAAUAAACGGAUGUUGAUUUUGUAAGAAAUAUUGUUAAA